AUGGACAUGCCUUGCCCCGAGGCUGCUGUUCCGGCCGCCCUCCAGCCCGGGAAGCCGCCUCAGCUGGAUGCGCAGCAUUUGCUACCAGUACCCGCGCCAUCGCCGACGAUGUACAUGUACCGCGGGCCUAGCUUCGUCGAGGCAUUCGGGAACAAGUUUCAAUCCAAGGAAGAGUUCAAGACUGCCGUCCGUCAGUUCAAUGCGCUCGCAGCCCCAAUGUCCUUGGUCGUAAACAGCGCGCGGUACCUCAAGUGCAACCGAGGAGCCAACAAGCAACGAUACAGAUCCGUUCCAGAUUGUCCUGCCGGCGUCAAGUGCGACAUAGUCCAAGGCCAAUACUACCUCGGUGUCGAGUGCGUAGACCAUACGCACCAUGUCCCGGAGCGACUUGCGCCCAUCGCUCUUCUGCGAUAUCAACCAACCAACAAGGUCGCGCCUACCAUCGUGCCCGAGGCCACCGCGCUCACGGUCGAGCCCGAGGUCAAGCCUACGGUCGAGCCCGCGCUCACAGUCGAGCCCACGCUUACGGUCGAGCCCGAGGUCGAGCCCGAGGUCGAGCCCACGGUCGAGCCCGCGCUCACAGUCGAGCCCACGGUCGAGCCCAUUGUCCCGCCUGCACGAACCGACAUGCUCGAGGCGGACAUCAGACUCAAAGAGACAGCGCACAAUCAGUACUGGGAGGACAACAUCCUCAUGCUCGACAUUGUGUUUAUCCCGGUCAACGUUGGCAACAGCCAUUGGUUUCUCAUUGCGAUCGAUGUCUCUCGGCGUCGCAUUCUCGUCUUCGACAUGUUCGCACAAGACCGAAGAAGACGCGGCGCUGAGGCAGCGAGCGAUGCGGUGUUCAUGCGCCGACCAAGUCCGAUCUUUGAGCAAGGGCCGAUUGCCACGGAAGUUUUUGAACUCCACACGCCGGACGAGCCCUCCGAAGAAGAAGAGCCUCGACCCCGCAAGCUCCCACAGAAGGCCAAGCGUACCAAGCCUAUCGCGGACAUCAGCAUCGAGCUCGUUGCCCGCAUCGUCGUCUGGAUCCGGAAAGAAACGACGCCGGCGAGUUCGGUCCCAGAUCUCAAUUGA